AUGGAGCCCCACUUUAGAUCUCGGUUUUGUUUAUCAAUUUUUGUUGCUGUUCUGUUUAUUGGGCUCUCUGGAUAUUCGGGUCAUGCACAAAGUCGAGGACCAAAGAAUGUUCAAGUGGCACUGAGGGCUAAGUGGCCUGGGACUUCACUCCUAUUAGAAGCCGGGGAAUUAAUAUCUAAAGAGUGGAAAGAUCUUUAUUGGGAGUUCACUGAAUCUUGGCUUCUGAAAGGAAGCGAAGACUCUGGUUCUCGAACAGCUAAAGAGUGCCUGAAGACAAUUGUAAAUUUAGGGAAAUCAUUAUUAAGCGAGCCCUUGGCAUCAGUUUUUGAAGUUUCUCUCACUCUUCGGUCUGCAUCUCCUAGGUUAGUUCUUUAUCAGCAGUUGGCAGAGGAUUCCCUUUCCUCUUUUCCAAUGGGCGAUGAAGUUAACUUGAGCUCGGUCAAUGAUGGUGAAUCCGGGUCAAAUGAUCACGGUAAAGGCCAAAAACCAAAUCCAGGACCUCCUAAUGGGAAAUGUUGUUGGGUUGAUACUGGGUCGGCAUUGCAUUUCAAUGCAAAUGAGUUGCUUCAAUGGCUUGAAAACCUGAACAGGCAAACCAGCGUUACAUUUCAGCAGCCUGAGCUUUUUGAUUUUGAUCAUGUUCAUCCAGAUUCAAGCAUUGGAAACCCUGUCGCCAUCUUAUAUGGAGCCCUUGGAACGGAAUGCUUUAGGGAAUUUCACAGUAGCUUAGUAGCUGCAGCCAGACAGGGAAAGAUCACUUAUGUUGUCAGACCUCUAUUACUUCCAGGCUGUGAAUCCAAAGUUGGCCAUUGUGAAGCUAUUGGUACAAAAGAUGCUUUGAGCUUAGGUGGCUAUGGUGUAGAACUUGCCCUGAAGAACAUGGAGUAUAAGGCUAUGGAUGACAGUGUAGUAAAAAAAGGUGUUACCCUUGAAGACCCACACACAGAAGAUCUCAGCCAAGAUGUUAGAGGAUUUAUCUUCUCCAGAAUUUUGGAACGCAAACCGGAAUUAGCAUCUGAAAUUAUGGCUUUCAGAGAUUCUUUGCUAUCGCCUACUGUCUCAGAUACUUUGGAUAUUUGGGAGUUAAAAGAUUUAGGUCAUCAAACUGCACAGAGGAUAGUUCAAGCCUCUGAUCCUUUGCAGUCAAUGCAAGACAUCAAUCAAAAUUUUCCCAGUAUUGUUUCUUCUUUAUCUCGCAUGAAGCUCAAUGAUUCCAUUAAAGAGGAAAUUAUUGCAAACCAAAGAAUGAUCCCACCUGGCAAGUCUAUAUUGGCCAUGAAUGGUGCCUUAAUCAAUGUUGAAGAUAUUGAUCUUUAUAUGUUAAUUGACAUGGUCCAUCAGGAGUUGUCAUUGGCUGAUCAAUAUUCAAAAUUGAAGGUCCCACCGACUACUGUGAGGAAACUCCUUUCGAUUCUACCACCUUCUGAAUCCAACAUGAUUCGGGUAGAUUUUCGCUCUACACAUGUUCAUUAUAUCAAUGAUCUUGAGGUUGAUGUCAUGUACAAGCGGUGGAGGAGCAAUUUAAACGAGAUUCUGAUGCCGGUUUUCCCUGGACAAUUGCGGUAUAUCCGAAAAAACAUUUAUCACGCAGUUUAUGUUUUAGAUCCUGCUUCCAUUUGUGGGCUUGAGACCAUCGACAUGGUUAUCUCUUUGUUCGAGAACAAUCUUCCUAUGAGGUUUGGCAUCAUAUUGUACUCAACAGAUUUAAUCCAGAAAAUUGAAUCUUUUGGUGAUGACUUGAAAGGCCAUGAAUCUGAAGAUAUUUCUAGUUUGGUCAUUCGUCUUUUUCUCUAUAUUAAGGAAAAUCAUGGGGCUCUGAUGGCUUUCCAGUUCCUCAGCAAUAUAAAUAAAUUGCGUCUUGAGUCUGAUACUGAAGACACUCCUGAAAUGCAUCACAUUGAAGGAGCUUUUGUGGAAACUUUGCUACCCUCGGUGAAAGUUCCACCCCAAGACAUUCUGUUAAAACUGCAGAAGGAGAAAUCAUAUGAGGACCUCUCUCAAGAGACUUCCUCGUUUGUUUCUAAGCUGGGUUUGGCAAAGUUGCAAUGUUGCCUCUUAAUGAAUGGGCUUGUCUAUGAAGCUAAUGAGGAUUCUCUUAUCAAUGCCAUGAAUGAUGAGCUUCCAAGGAUACAGGAACAAGUUUAUUAUGGUCUUAUCAAUUCACAAACAGAUAUUCUAGACAAAUUAUUAAAGGAGAGUGGUAUCCAUCGGUAUAAUCCUCAGAUUAUAACCAGUGGAAAGGUUAAACCAAAAUUUGUGUCACUGUCGGCAUCAAUUCUUGAAAGUGGAUCUUGGAUAAAUGAGAUCAGUUACCUACAUUCUCCUGAAAGCGCGGACGAUAUAAAGCCUGUGACUCAACUCUUAGUAGUUGACAUCGCAUCAAAGAAAGGUAUUAAAUUGCUUCAUGAAGGGCUGCAUUAUCUGAUGGGAGGUUCAAAAAUUUCUCGGUUAGGUGUGAUUUUUAGUGCUAAUAAGGAUAUUGAUCCGUCAAGCUAUGUAUUCAUGAAGGUCUUUGAAAUAGCUGCAUCUGCUCAUAGUUACAAAAAAGGUGUUUUGCAGUUUCUGGAUCAAGUUUGCUCAUUGUAUGAACACGGGUAUAUGAGUAAAUCUUAUCCUGAUAAUGAAAGCCAGCAAGUCUUCAUUGACAAGGUUAUUCAGUUGGCUGUUGCCAAUCAUUUGCCAUCUAAGAGUUAUGAAUCUUCUCUCGCUGGUUUAUCAAUUGGAAAUACAGAAAACCACUUGAAAAAGGUUGCACAUUUUUUGUCUAGACAAAUUGGGCUUGAAGCAGGUAGCAAUGCUGUCAUUACAAAUGGAAGGGUGGUCCCAGUUCGAGGUAGUGAUGUUUUCAUAAGCCAUGAUUUCCAUCUUCUGGAGUCCAUGGAGUUUAAACAACGUAUAAAGCAAAUUGCUGAAAUCAUUGAAGAAAUAAAGUGGGAAGACAUAGAUCCUGACCUGUUGACAAGCAAGUUCAUCAGUGACAUUAUUGUAUCGGUCUCAUCUUCAAUAGCAGCAAGGGACCGGAGUUCUGAGAGUGCUCGCUUUGAAAUUUUGAGUUCAACUUACAGUGCUGUAGUUCUUGAGAAUGAAGACUCAAGCAUUCACAUUGAUGCUGUUAUUGAUCCUUUGAGUUCUUCUGGUCAAAAGUUGUCAUCUCUUCUUCGCCUCUUGUCCAAACAUAUUCAGCCAAGCAUGAGACUGGUCCUUAAUCCAGUGAGUUCCCUUGCCGAUCUUCCCUUGAAGAAUUACUACAGAUACGUAGUCCCAACUAUGGAUGACUUUAGCAGCACAGAUGACACGGUACAUGGCCCCAAAGCAUUUUUUGCAAACAUGCCUCUUUCAAAGACUCUUACAAUGAACCUUGAUGUUCCAGAGCCAUGGCUUGUUGAACCUGUAGUUGCUGUCCACGACCUGGACAACAUCCUGCUUGAGAAACUAGGUGAUGAAAGAACACUGCAAGCAGUGUUUGAACUCGAAGCUCUCAUUCUUACAGGUCAUUGCUCAGAGAAGGAUCAUGAACCUCCUCGAGGUCUCCAACUAAUCCUUGGAUCUAAGAGUUCCCCUCACUUGGUUGACACGCUGGUCAUGGCCAACCUUGGUUAUUGGCAAAUGAAAGUUUCCCCUGGAGUUUGGUAUCUGCAACUUGCACCUGGUAGAAGCUCACAGCUUUAUAACAUGAAAGACGAUAUUGACGGAAGUGAGGGUAGAACUUUGUCAAAGCGAAUCACGAUUAACGAUUUGCGUGGUAAACUAGUAUAUUUGGAAGUAUUGAAGAAAAAGGGCAUGGAAAAUGAAAAACUCUUAGUUUCCUCUGAAGAUGACAGUCAUUCCACCCAAAAAAGAAAUGGAGAUCAGAAGAGUUGGAACUCUAAUUUACUCAAAUGGGCUUCUGGGUUCAUUUCUGGAGGCGACAACUCAAAGAACAUUGAGAGCACUUCGGGGGAAUCUAUUCGUCGUGGGAAGACCGUAAAUAUAUUUUCUGUGGCGUCUGGGCAUUUAUAUGAACGUUUUCUAAAGAUCAUGAUCCUUAGUGUCCUGAAAAACACUCGCAGACCUGUUAAAUUCUGGUUCAUUAAGAACUACCUCUCUCCUCAGUUCAAGGAUGUAAUUCCGCGUAUGGCACAAGAAUACGGUUUUGAGUACGAAUUAGUUACUUACAAAUGGCCUACGUGGUUACACAAACAAAAAGAGAAGCAGAGAAUCAUAUGGGCUUACAAAAUUCUGUUUCUUGAUGUCAUUUUCCCUCUUGCUCUGGAGAAGGUUAUAUUUGUGGAUGCAGACCAGAUUGUCAGGGCUGACAUGGGAGAACUUUAUGACAUGGAUUUGAAAGGACGACCCCUUGCUUACACUCCCUUUUGUGAUAACAACAAAGAAAUGGAUGGGUACCGUUUUUGGAAACAGGGUUUCUGGAGAGAACAUUUGCGAGGAAGACCAUAUCACAUUAGUGCUCUUUAUGUUGUUGAUCUUGCCAAGUUCCGAGAAACUGCAGCUGGAGAUCAGUUAAGGGUGAUCUACGAAACACUCAGCAAAGAUCCAAACAGUCUUUCUAAUCUGGAUCAGGAUCUUCCAAACUAUGCACAACAUCAAGUACCUAUCUUUUCACUACCACAAGAAUGGCUCUGGUGCGAGUCAUGGUGUGGUAAUGCAACUAAACCAAAGGCAAAAACUAUAGAUCUCUGCAACAAUCCCAUGACUAAAGAACCAAAGCUUCAGGGUGCAAAAAGAAUUGUUGCUGAGUGGCCAAAUUAUGAUCAGGAAGCAAGAGAGUUCACUGCCAAAAUUUUAGGUGAAAACAUUGAUGCACAAGAGCAACAAGCUACACUACCUACCCAACCACAAAGUUCAUCCGUACCCAGUUCAGAAGAUCUGGAAUCAAAGUCAGAGUUGUGA